UAUAUUAAAGUGCUAAUAUGCGAAUAGGACAUGAUGGUAUGUCUGUCAUUAAAAUAUAAGCGCACGUAAAAUAAAUUCGGUAUAUUUAUGUGAAACAAAAAUAAAGUUCACAAUAAAAGCAAUGAAGAAGCUUAUUUUUUAAAUUCGCAAAAAAUAUGGACCCAUCUCAUCUUUUUUUUUGAUAGUGCAAUAUUAUUUUAUAAGAUCUGAUUCAUUUAAUAACAACGGCUGGUAUUAGUGCAGACAUUACAAGCUCGAGGUACGAACUAUUAUAACACCCGAAACCUUCCCAGUGGUCAUUAAUUACAUCUUGACGGGAACGCAUUUAGGGUAAAAUUUCAAAAAAGAAUGUGAUAAACAGAAGUCAACAUAAGUUACCCAGGUCACUGGGGGGUCGGGCGUAUGCCCGUACCUCCUACAACUGAUUUACUAGCUACUAUUAGCAUGUUCGAACAACAAAUUAAAUCGGAACCAUUGACUUAUUAUUCACCAUGUCAGCCUCCUGCCCAGGACUCACAAAAUUCUCAUCAUGAUCUUCAACAACAACAACAGCAGAGUCAACAGCAACAGCGUUCUGUUAUAACAGCAAUUGACAAUAAAAACAACUUGCUACAUUCACAAGUUUUGCUGGCACAACAAUCAAGUACUUCUAUCUCUGCUGUUUCUGAUGUUCUGAAACCAGAAAUUCUCCAAUCAAGUAAUGGAAUGUCAAUAUCAUUAUCGUCUACAAACAGCACUGGAUCCGGACAAUCUAGAAGUAAACCUCAAGCAUGCAAAGUCUGCGGUAAAAUGCUUUCAUCAGCGAGCAGUUACUAUGUACAUAUGAAAUUACACUCUGGAACGAAGCCAUUUCAGUGCACAAUUUGCGAAGCUGCGUUUUGUAGAAAACCUUACCUCGAAGUACAUAUGCGAACACAUACGGGUGAGCGACCGUUUCAGUGCGAACUUUGCUUAAAGCGGUUUAGUCAGAAAUCUUCACUCAAUACUCACAAGCGUAUUCAUACAGGUUAUUGGAGCAUUCAUAGACCGUUCCAGUGCAGUCAGUGCAGUUCAUCAUUUUGUCGGAAACCCUAUUUAGAUAUCCACAUGAGAACACACACUGGCGAAAAACCAUUUCAAUGUGAUAUAUGUUUGAAACGAUUUACACAAAAAUCUACUUUGAAUAUCCAUAAGCGGACUCAUUCGGUUCAAGAUCGACCCUAUCACUGCGAGCAAUGCCCAGCCACAUUUGCACGAAAACCUUAUCUCGAUAUACAUAUGAGGACACAUACCGGCGAACGACCUUUUGAAUGCGAUGUGUGUCUAAAACGUUUUACUCAGAAGUCAUCACUUAAUAUUCACAAAACUGUUCACAACGUAGGCAUACGUCCUUUUCAAUGCACACUUUGCCCGGCCGCGUUUGUACGAAAGCCUUAUCUUGAUAUUCACCAGCGAACUCAUACUGGAGAAAGACCUUUUGAAUGUGAAAUUUGCACUAAACGAUUUUCACAACGAUCAACUUUAAAUAUUCAUAAACGAAUUCAUACAGGUGAAAGACCCUAUGCAUGUGAUAUUUGCAACAAGACGUUUGCUGUGAAAAGUUAUGUUACUGCACACCGGUGGUCGCAUGUCUCCGAAAAACCUUUGAGCUGUGAUCGUUGUUCGAUGACUUUUACUAGUAAGUCACAAUUUGCGGUUCAUAUUCGUACACAUUCGGCAGGUCAAAAUUUCGAAUGCAACGUUUGUGGCCGAGCAUUUAUUCGUGAUAGUUAUCUUAUAAGACAUCAUAACCGAGUACAUCGUCAAGAACGUACAACCGCAAACAGCAUAGCAACUAUAAAUAGCGUUGCCACUGGAGAAGAUAUUGGCAACGCUAACACACCCGAUCGUGUGGAUAUUUUCGAAACAAACAGUUCCCAAGUUUGUGAUUUAAGAUAUGUUCCGAAUUUGGUGAUGAAUCGAUCGCCGGUCAUCUCUCAAUUAUCGCCACGGGACAGUACCCAAGCAAUAUCAAUGAAUCAUCAAGAAACAAAUCGCAGUCAAAUAAACAUUAAUGAAGCUCGUAGCAUACAUUUAAGCGAACGUUUAAUUCAAGAUGCCAGAGUUAUUCACGAAAGAGCAGUUCAAGAACAGCAACGUGCCAUACAAGAAAGAGCUAAUCAAGAACGCAUACUUCAAGAGAGUGCAUUUCAGGAACGGGCAUUGCAGGAUCAACAUGUCAUUCAAGAAAGACUUCUCCAGGAGAGUGCCGAUGAAGAGAGAAUAAUUCAUGCCGCAGCUGCUCAAGCGUCUUUAAGUUUACAACAAGGCCAUGUUUUAGUUCGUAACAACAUAUUAGAAAAAUCUACGGUGAUCAGCCCAGGUUCGGUUUAAAACUAGCUGUAUAAAGUAAAGUCGUUUCAAGUAAUAA